AUGUCUAGGCUCGAGGCCCAGUGCGUAGAGCACAUCACCAUCUACCACAAACGCAUUACCAAAAGCCGCGGAAUCCGCAACGACGAGGACACUACCACUGGGCCACGACUCCGGCAACGACGUGAUCUUCCUAUAUUCAAGACCAGUCCCGAAAGCAGCAGCUCGGCCCGAACUGCACCAACGUCCCCGACUACAGCCGCACGACAGAAAGCGAUCCUCACGACAACCGCCCAAAAAGCACAGAGCGAAACGAAAACCACUCCCAAUAGUACCGACUGGAAGGCUUACGCGUCUACGCUGCGUUACUGGUCCUGCUCGGCACAGGACGACGGUGGCUCCAUCAAACACGAGGAGAUAUCUUUCUGUCCGGAGUUCCAAGGCUUGAGUCAGGACGACAUACGCAAGAAGUUGCUAGAGAAAAUUCAUAGGGCAGCGAGAAGGAACGUUCGCGACGAAAGCUGA